ACCCGACACACCCUGCAGUCCUCCCCCAGCGUCUCUUCCUCACCCCAGCAUGACUUCUGAAGCCCACCGAGAAACCGAGGAGCUGGAGCAGCCGGAGAAAACCGAGGAGGUCGUUGUGAGGAGAGCCGGCAUGUUGCGCUCUCUCCUCUUCUGGCCCUUCGGUCUCAUGAUACGCACCUACCACGGGUUUUGGUGGGUGCUUGGCUUCCGGCGGCCUCAGGAGAAGGCCCUGGUCAGCCCCCCGGUCACCAGUCCCGCACGCCAGAGCCUCGCCGGGCGGAAGCGUCUGCACCGGGUCACCCGCAUGCUGCUGUCCGUCCUGCCCCGCUGGGUGCAGGCCGCCCUGGGCUACCCGGUGUCCUCCAGCAUCGGGUGCUCCCUCUCACCAGAAAUCAGAGUCUCUCCUACUAAACCGUGUGGGAAGGGCAGCAAGAGAAAGCAGGAUGAGCUGGACGAGGAUGAGGACGAGGAGAAUCAGACCUGGGUGGAGGCACUCAAUCAGGAGCUUGCUGACGACGAAGACCCCGAGGAAGAUCCCGACUAUGAGCCCAGUACCCUAGAGACUGAGAGCGAGAGUGACGAGUACCGCUCGCACAACAACACAGAAAGCGACGUUGAGGUUCAGGGGUGUAGUGUUGUCAUUGAAGAUGUGAACACGGGUAUUGAGUUGUCUGCUCCAUCUGAAGUCUCUUGCCCUGAUGUUUAAUGUUUCAUAUUGUCAAAAUGUUGUAGUAUUUCAGUGUUUUUCUAUGUUUAUAUAUUCAAUAAAAUUCGUCCUUUGCCAUGACACUGUUUUGGCCUCCCACUAGAUGGCAGUAACGGGUUUUCAAUUCUACAACUGAGCCACCAUGAGCAAUGAAUGUUGACAUAAUCAGUAUUUUGUAUAAGGUUUGUUGAAAUGCAGCUGGAGCUCACAAUUUUAUAACCUUUGUUCGUUUGCAGAUACUGUAGUUUUUAAAUUGCUUAGCUUGAUGCCUGUUUAUAGGUUGCUCUAAAAUGUAGGCGCUUAAAAAUAAAUGUU